AUGUCUCAACAACGAAAUCUUAGUACAAUGAAAACGAAGCGAUCAACUAUUUUACAUUAUUGGAAUAACAGCCAUCGAUCUCCUGCAACAAUUGCUCGUAUAACAAAUAUCCCAAUUAGGACUGUUAAACACAAUAUUGUCAAGAUUAAAAACCAAGGCAUAAUUGAGGAUAGAUCACGCAAGAUUACAGCAAAUGAUGACAAAGCACUCGGUCAAUGGAUUCGGCGAAACAACGAGACAACAUCACAAGAACUGGUACAAAAACUACUUCAUGAUCGAGAUCUGAAUGUGUCCAAAUGGACAGUGCAACGUCAACUCAAACGAAUGGGUUACAAAAGUACUUUGCCCCUAUGGAACACCAAUGUUAACACAGAAGCACAAAGAAGCACGUGUUCAAUGGGCAAUCCAACAUAA